AUGUGCUGCACUGCCUGUUGUCCUCACUUUGACAGACUUGCAACUUGGUGCUAAAGUAAAAUCUCUGAGAGAUGCAUGCUAAUUUUCAAUAUCCUUGCCUGUCUUAUGCUCUUAACUUGUGUUGCCUUUAGAUUCGUGUAUAUGGCAGAUGGAACUUUAGCAUUUUUCUAUAUAAUAUUGUCUGUGUACCUUGUUGCUUUCACACUUGGACUUAUUCUAGCUGAAUUCAAAGUAGAAAAGGUAAGACUAUAUGUGAACUUUUUGGACACUAAAUUUGGACGAGGCAUCUUUAUGAUUUUCCUAAGUCUUCUAAUCCUUGAGGAGCAUGCAAUAGAAGUGAUAUUGUUCUUGUGUAUUAUGGCAAUUGGAAUUCUGAACAUGAUUGUCGGGUGCAAAUAGGGAUCAGAUGGGAAAAAGGCAUUGAAAGAAAAAGAAGCAGCUUCAGCCAAAAAUAAUGAUAAACAGCCAGCUGGCCCAAGGAGCAGCAGCAAAUCUGGACUUGUAGUGUAAAAGUAGGAGACAGCUUUGGAAAAAGCUGAUAGAAUUAAAUUUGAUAAUGACCAGAAAGAGUUGGAAAAGUAAAGUUCCCUGUCAUAAUUGCAGAAGGAGUUUGUAAAUGGACCUCAGAACAGACAACCUUAGAACAAUUAGAUGAGGCAGGGCAAUGUAUAUGACCUCGAAGAAGUUGACAGAUAAUAUUAUGGAGGUGGUAACGAUUCUCAACAAGUGGUUGACAAUCACAUGAUCGAGAUUAAUUUGAAUGAUGAUGACGAGGAGGAAGUUUGA